AUGGCGCCGCGCCCAAGCGCCGAUCCCGCACCGGCCACAGCAAACGGCGACUCUCAUGCCGCCAGAAUCGGCCCUCACCCCGGCUUCAUCUCCAGCUCGAAUCAAUACAGCUCCGAAAUCAAGAUCCGCCGCAUGCUCAAGGACAAUGGCUGCGAUCCCGCGCGAGAGGACAACUACCGCCUCCAGGGCGUCCAGCUGAUCAACAACGUGAGGGAGAAUCUGCAGCUACCCGUCCGGACGUUUGACACGGCCUGCACCUACUACCACAAGUUUCGGUUAAACUUUCGCGACGCCGAGUACAGCCACCAAGAUGCAGCUCUGGCGUCAUUAUUCGUCGCGUGCAAAGUGGAAGACACCAUCAAAAAGUCCAAGGACAUACUAGCCGCCGCGUACAACGUCAAGAACCCCGAAAAGACGGUCGCCCCCGACGACAAGAUGUUCGAAGCGCCCGGCAAGAUCAUCAUCGGGCUGGAGCGCUUCAUCCUCGAAACGAUAGGCUUCGACUUCCGCACGCGGUACCCGCAGAAGCUGCUCGUCAAGGUGGUGCGGCGCGCGCUGGGCAAGUCGUCGGCCAACUCGCGCGCCUUCUUCGCCACCGCGUACGACAUGUGCAUCGACAUGUACAAGACGUUUGUGCCCAUCAAGCAGACCACGCUGUCCAUGGUCAUGGCCGUGGUCGAGCUGACGGCGCGCAUGCGCGGCGAGCACCUCGAGCGGGUGCGCGACUUCGCCGCCGGCAGGAGGCAGUACAGCCGGGACGCCGUCAUGGAGACCAUGCUCGACCUGCUCGACCUGUACGUGCAGCACCACAAGUCGACCAGGAUCGGCGCCCGCUUCGACCUCGGCAAGUUCAUCGACAUCAAGAUCCGGCUCAACACCGACCUGGACAGCACCGCCAAGCCGAGGUACUUGUACCACUGCCACAGGUGCGAGGUGGAGGAGGCGCACCCGCUCUCUUCGACGACGGCCUCGGCUACGGACCCGACGACGGCGUCGAACCCCUGGCCCGCGGACGCGUCUAUCCGGCGGACGGCGCGCGGCCAGGACGGCACGAUGCGCUUCGUGUUUGACCCCGAGGCCGCCAAGGACGAGCAGGAGACGGUCGGCCAGUUCUUCAAGGAUGAGUACGAAGAGUACGAGGUGGAAGUCGAGGAGCCCGUCCCGCCGCCGGACAGAGACGAGGCGCCGCGUGGGAGGGGAGGAUACCGCGGCGGCUACAGAGACAGGGGCGAUCACAGGCGCGGCGGACCGUAUGGCGCACAUCGUGGAGAUAGGUAUCACAGGGGACGGGGGCGAUAUCACUAA